UGAUGGCUAGAAACAAAAAAUUACAAAUAAGUGAAUAUUGGUCAACUAAUGACUUAUUACAUCAAGAUAUUUUUGGCAAAUGUAUGAGUAGGGACAGAUAUUUACUUCUUUUGCGUUGUAUUCACUUCUGCGACAAUACUCAACAAAUCAAAGGAGAUAGGUUCUACAAAAUUCAAAUGGUUUUGACUGAAGUAAGAAAAAACUUCAAAGAUGCUAUGAUUCCUUUUUCAAAUCUGGCAAUUGAUGAGAGUUUACUUUUGUGGAAAGGGCGUUUAUCUAUUAAACAGUAUAUUAAAAGUAAAAGACAUAGAUUUGGUAUCAAGCUCUAUAUUAUAUGUGACUGUGAAACUGAUUUCAUUCUGAACUUCAUUGUGUAUACAGGAGCUACUGAACACAAAGAUCCACUAGAAGACAUACUUGGGAAAUCUGGUGUAAUUGUCAAAGAUCUCAUGAAGCCAUACUUAAACAAAGGUUAUUCAUUAUUUACUGACAAUUUUUAUACCUCACCUCAAUUAUCUAUGUAUUUACAUAAAAAAAAAACCAACACAUGUGGUACUGUGAGAAAAAAUCGAAAACUCAUGCCAAUUAUUGAAGGAAAGCUGAAAUUAGGUGAACGAGAAGCUCGGUGCACUGACAAACUUUUAGCGAUUCAUUGGAAGGACCGUCGUGAUGUAUAUAUGUUAACAUCUAUGAAUACAAAUGAAAUGGUUGAUACAAAAAAGAUAGAUAGAAAAACAGGAAAAAAUAUCUCAAGCCACAAAGUGUAGUUAGUUAUAACAAGAAUAUGGGUGCAAUAGAUAAGACUGACAUGUUGUUAAGUUCUACCGAAUGUGUUAGACGUACAUUAAAAUGGUAAACAUGUUUCAUUAGCAAACUUCCAACUAACUUUGGUGAAUGAAAUAUUACAAAAAUACAAAACAAAUAUCAAAACCAGUCCAAGUAAAGGGAAAAAAAGGAAUACAUCAUUUAUGUCAAACGACCGUUUAAAUGAUAGACAUUUUCCAGACUUAAUCGUGCAAACAUCAACUAAAAAACAAAGAAGAAAAUGCUUUGUUUGCAGUCAUAAAACUGAGGGGAAAAAAAGAACUGAUACAUUAUACCAAUGCAAUGAGUGUGAUGUAGGUUUAUGUGUUGCACCAUGCUUUAAAACCUACCAUACACAACAAAAGUUUUAAUAUUAUAUAAGACACAUGUGAAAACAAAAAAUAUUAUAAUAUGUAUAAUAAAAGUUAUGUUAUGUUAUAUAUUUGUUUUUUUUUUUGUAGUUUUUUCAAUCGUUAAAUUGUAUUGAUUUUUGUUUAUUUAUACAUAAUAUUAGUCAUUCACUGUAUCAUCGUAUAGUUUUCGCACAUUUUUGGAACCACCGGUCAUGAAUAAGAAAUCCAUCUAUAACUUGCUAAGUUUUCAUUAGAAAUUUUUUUUUUUUAAUUUUUUUAAAUUCAGAGUGUAUAGAUCUAUCAAUAUUAGGUGAUAAAAUAAUUAAAAUAAUUUAUAAAAUAUGGUCAG